AUGAUCUCGUCCGCAGUCGUUGUGCCGGACGCACCACCACCCACUUUGCCGACUCCAGACGAGGAGCCAACAUCCCCGUCUCUAAAACGGCGGCAGUCGUCCGAUGCAGAUGCCUCCCCGGAGGCGGUCAAACGCCCGCGCCUGGAGACCGCUACGGUGAAUGAUUCUCAACGCCCCUCUCCGCCCCCUUCAGCGACAGCGACAUCGCCAUCACGGCGAAAGUCAACACUGCCCGCCGGCGGCGCCGCAGCCGAGAAAUCGCGCAAUCGCCGUCUCUUCGGCGGCCUCCUCUCCACCCUCUCCGCAUCCUCCUCCGCCAGCUCCAAAACGUCAUCUGCACACAAGCGCCGCGACGAGAUCGAGGCGCGGCAACGCGAGCGCCUGAAGCGGGAUGACGAGGAGCGCACAGAGGAAAGGCGGCGGAAGAAGGAAGAAUUGGACGGCCAGAGGAGAGGAGAGCAGGUUCGGUGGCAAGAGGAAGCUAUGCGGAGACGGCACGCCAAUAUGAGAGCUACGGCGGGGUGUUUGCGAACUAAGGCUGAGCCGAGGAUCUAUUGGCGGCCGUGGGAGAUGAGGCCUGAUGAGGAGAAGAAGGUUGCGGCGCAGGGUGAGGAGGUCGAGGUGGUGGUGAGGCGCGAGCUGGAGGAAUGGGGGUCGCGGAUCGGCGAGGGCGCCGGCGACAGACGUGAGGACCAAUCUCGCGGUGACAAGCACAGGAAGCAUGAGAGGGAUGAGGAGGCCGGCACGAAUGGUCACACGGGUGACGAGACACCUGAGACUCGUCCAGGACCGGACGCAGCGAGCUCAGAAGACGACCCUGCAAAGACAACGAACGACCAACCUGCCACUUCGGAAUCUUUGAGUCCGGAGCAAGCAGGCUCUACCGAGAAAACGAAGGAUGAUGAUCAUGGAGGCGAUGAGCUUGUCGAGGGACACGACGAGGAUCAAGUUAUCUACUGA